AUGUCCAAGGACGGCGAGCAAGCAUGGCACCUUAGACGACAACAGUGGACACAAGCGAGCGAUGAAACCUUGGAAACGAAAAAGCAAAAGGCUCAAGAACUCAACGAUUGGUACAAUGACCAUCUCUCAACCGAAAAGCGCUUAGAAAUGUUCCACAAGACGUUUGUUGUCAAGAGGGUCCAAACCAACAAGCCGGUACCAUUAAGAUUUGCAGUGAAAAUGUUGAUUCAUGGUUGGAAGGAGGAUGGGACAUGGCCAAAAGGAAUGGAAGCACCCCCAGCAUCUGAUGAAGAAGGAGAAAAGGACAAAUUAUUAUAG